AUGCAUGCAUAUUGUCAUCAAGGGAAGAAGGCGCUCAUCAACUACAUUUGGUUUCCAGAUGCUACCAUCGUUCACAAUGUCCGUGAAGAGAAGAAAGACAACAGCCAACCAGCCCCUGAUAACGUCUUGUCAGCGGUUACACCAGGGCUUAUUAACUUGGCGGGAGCUGAUGCUACCAUUACUCACAGUGUUCGUGAAGAGAAGAUGGAAAGUGGCAAACCCCGAACUGAUAAGCUCAUCAACUACAUUUGGUUUCCAGAUGCUACCAUCGUUCACAAUGUCCGUGAAGAGAAGAAAGACAACAGCCAACCAGCCCCUGAUAACGUCUUGUCAGCGGUUACACCAGGGCUUAUUAACUUGGCGGGAGCUGAUGCUACCAUUACUCACAGUGUUCGUGAAGAGAAGAUGGAAAGUGGCAAACCCCGAACUGAUAAGCUCAUCAACUACAUUUGGUUUCCAGAUGCUACCAUCGUUCACAAUGUCCGUGAAGAGAAGAAAGACAACAGCCAACCAGCCCCUGAUAACGUCUUGUCAGCGGUUACACCAGGGCUUAUUAACUUGGCGGGAGCUGAUGCUACCGUCAAUCACCGUGUCCACGAAGCGAGGAUGGAAAACGGCCAACGAACACAGGAUAACGUCUUGUCAGAUGUUCUAUCCGGGCUUAUUAAUAUUCCAGGAGCUAGUAUUCCAGCAAUGAGUUCCAGGGAUCUGUAUGCUACCAUUACUCACAGUGUUCGUGAAGAGAAGAUGGAAAGUGGCAAACCCCGAACUGAUAAGCUCAUCAACUACAUUUGGUUUCCAGAUGCUACCAUCGUUCACAAUGUCCGUGAAGAGAAGAAAGACAACAGCCAACCAGCCCCUGAUAACGUCUUGUCAGCGGUUACACCAGGGCUUAUUAACUUGGCGGGAGCUGGUGCUACCGUCAAUCACCGUGUCCACGAAGCGAGGAUGGAAAACGGCCAACGAACACAGGAUAACGUCUUGUCAGAUGUUCUAUCCGGGCUUAUUAAUAUGCCAGGAGCUAGUAUUCCAGCAAUGAGUUCCAGGGAUCUGUAUGCUACCAUUACUCACAGUGUUCGUGAAGAGAAGAUGGAAAGUGGCAAACCCCGAACUGAUAAGCUCAUCAACUACAUUUGGUUUCCAGAUGCUACCAUCGUUCACAAUGUCCGUGAAGAGAAGAAAGACAACAGCCAACCAGCCCCUGAUAACGUCUUGUCAGCGGUUACACCAGGGCUUAUUAACUUGGCGGGAGCUGGUGCUACCGUCAAUCACCGUGUCCACGAAGCGAGGAUGGAAAACGGCCAACGAACACAGGAUAACGUCUUGUCAGAUGUUCUAUCCGGGCUUAUUAAUAUGCCAGGAGCUAGUAUUCCAGCAAUGAGUUCCAGGGAUCUGUAUGCUACCAUUACUCACAGUGUUCGUGAAGAGAAGAUGGAAAGUGGCAAACCCCGAACUGAUAAGCUCAUCAACUACAUUUGGUUUCCAGAUGCUACCAUCGUUCACAAUGUCCGUGAAGAGAAGAAAGACAACAGCCAACCAGCCCCUGAUAACGUCUUGUCAGCGGUUACACCAGGGCUUAUUAACUUGGCGGGAGCUGAUGCUACCAUUACUCACAGUGUUCGUGAAGAGAAGAUGGAAAGUGGCAAACCCCGAACUGAUAAGCUCAUCAACUACAUUUGGUUUCCAGAUGCUACCAUCGUUCACAAUGUCCGUGAAGAGAAGAAAGACAACAGCCAACCAGCCCCUGAUAACGUCUUGUCAGCGGUUACACCAGGGCUUAUUAACUUGGCGGGAGCUGGUGCUACCGUCAAUCACCGUGUCCACGAAGCGAGGAUGGAAAACGGCCAACGAACACAGGAUAACGUCUUGUCAGAUGUUCUAUCCGGGCUUAUUAAUAUGCCAGGAGCUAGUAUUCCAGCAAUGAGUUCCAGGGAUCUGUAUGCUACCAUUACUCACAGUGUUCGUGAAGAGAAGAUGGAAAGUGGCAAACCCCGAACUGAUAAGCUCAUCAACUACAUUUGGUUUCCAGAUGCUACCAUCGUUCACAAUGUCCGUGAAGAGAAGAAAGACAACAGCCAACCAGCCCCUGAUAACGUCUUGUCAGCGGUUACACCAGGGCUUAUUAACUUGGCGGGAGCUGAUGCUACCGUCAAUCACCGUGUCCACGAAGCGAGGAUGGAAAACGGCCAACGAACACAGGAUAACGUCUUGUCAGAUGUUCUAUCCGGGCUUAUUAAUAUGCCAGGAGCUAGUAUUCCAGCAAUGAGUUCCAGGGAUCUGUAUGCUACCAUUACUCACAGUGUUCGUGAAGAGAAGAUGGAAAGUGGCAAACCCCGAACUGAUAAGCUCAUCAACUACAUUUGGUUUCCAGAUGCUACCAUCGUUCACAAUGUCCGUGAAGAGAAGAAAGACAACAGCCAACCAGCCCCUGAUAACGUCUUGUCAGCGGUUACACCAGGGCUUAUUAACUUGGCGGGAGCUGAUGCUACCAUUACUCACAGUGUUCGUGAAGAGAAGAUGGAAAGUGGCAAACCCCGAACUGAUAAGGUCGUAUCAAAUGUUGCACCACGGCUUGGUCAUAUGGCUGCGGGUGGUGUUCCAUCCAUGAGUACCAAGGAUCUGUAUUUUACCAUCACUCACAACGACUGUGAAGAAAAGAUUAAAAAUUAGCAAAGAGCACCUGAUACAUUAUUGUCAACUGUUACAGCAGGGCCUAUGCAUUUCACAGGGGCUGGUAUUCCACCCCUGAGUACCAGGGAUCAGCAUGCUACCAUCGUUCACAAUGUCCGUGAAGAGAAGAAAGACAACAGCCAACCAGCCCCUGAUAACGUCUUGUCAGCGGUUACACCAGGGCUUAUUAACUUGGCGGGAGCUGGUAUUCCACCCAUGAGUAGCAGGGAUCAGUGUGCUACCGUCAAUCACCGUGUCCACGAAGCGAGGAUGGAAAACGGCCAACGAACACAGGAUAACGUCUUGUCAAAUGUUCUAUCCGGGCUUAUUAAUAUGCCAGGAGCUAGUAUUCCAGCAAUGAGUUCCAGGGAUCUGUAUGCUACCAUUACUCACAGUGUUCGUGAAGAGAAGAUGGAAAGUGGCAAACCCCGAACUGAUAAGGUCGUAUCAAAUGUUGCACCACGGCUUGGUCAUAUGGCUGCGGGUGGUGUUCCAUCCAUGAGUACCAAGGAUCUGUAUUUUACCAUCACUCACAACGACUGUGAAGAAAAGAUUAAAAAUUAGCAAAGAGCACCUGAUACAUUAUUGUCAACUGUUACAGCAGGGCCUAUGCAUUUCACAGGGGCUGGUAUUCCACCCCUGAGUACCAGGGAUCAGCAUGCUACCAUCGUUCACAAUGUCCGUGAAGAGAAGAAAGACAACAGCCAACCAGCCCCUGAUAACGUCUUGUCAGCGGUUACACCAGGGCUUAUUAACUUGGCGGGAGCUGGUAUUCCACCCAUGAGUAGCAGGGAUCAGUGUGCUACCGUCAAUCACCGUGUCCACGAAGCGAGGAUGGAAAACGGCCAACGAACACAGGAUAACGUCUUGUCAAAUGUUCUAUCCGGGCUUAUUAAUAUGCCAGGAGCUAGUAUUCCAGCAAUGAGUUCCAGGGAUCUGUAUGCUACCAUUACUCACAGUGUUCGUGAAGAGAAGAUGGAAAGUGGCAAACCCCGAACUGAUAAGGUCGUAUCAAAUGUUGCACCACGGCUUGGUCAUAUGGCUGCGGGUGGUGUUCCAUCCAUGAGUACCAAGGAUCUGUAUGCUACCGUCACUCAAAAUGUCCGUGAAGAGAGGAUGGAAAAUAACCAACCACAACCUAGUUAUGACUUGUCAACUGUUCUACCAUUAUUUACUUAUUUGACAGCAGCUGCUAUUCCAGCCAUGAGUACCAGGGAUCAGUAUGCUACUGUCACUCACAAUGUCCAUGAAGAGAAGAUUAAAGAUGGCCAAGCAGCAUCCGAUAAUGUCUUCUCAACUGUUCCACCAGCACUUAUUAAUAUGGCAGCAACUGGUGUUUUAUCCAUGAGUUACAGGGAUCAGUAUGCUGCAGUCACUCACAACAUCCAUGAAGAGAAGAAAAAUAACAGCCAACCAGCACCUGGUAACAUCUUGUCAACUGCUCCUCCAUGGCUUCGUCAUAUGGCAGCGGCUGGAAUUUCAUCCACGAUUACCAGGGAUCUGUAUGUCACCGCCACUCACAAUGUCCAUGAGGAGAAGAUGACAAAUGGCCAACAGGCACCUGAUAACUCCUUGUUAACGGUUCCACCAGGGUGUAUUAAUCUGUCAGGAGCUGGUAUUUCAUGCAGGAGUACCAGGGAUCUGUAUGCUACUGUCAUUCACGAUAUCCAGGAGGAGGAGAUGGAAAAUGGUCAAACCCCUCCUGAUGGCUUCCUGUCGAAUUCUGAUUCACCAGAGCUUAUAAAUAUGACAGGACAUCGUACGCCACCCAAUGCAUUGGAUUCUUUCUCUUACGACUUCACAAGUCUCAGCAAAGAUGAGCUGCUUUACAAACCUGAUAGUAAUGAAUUUGCGGUAGGCACCAAAAACUACAGUGUCUCUGCAGGUGACCCACCAGUCACAACAAUGUCUUCAGUGGAAACUGUGCCAAAUACACCACAAAUAUCUCCUGCCAUGGCAAAGAAAAUUAAUGACGAUAUAAAAUAUCAAUUAGUGAAAGAAGUUCGAAGGUUUGGGCGAAAUUAUGAAAGAAUUUUCAUUUUGCUUGAAGAGGUACAAGGAUCUAUGAAAGUCAAGAGACAAUUUGUUGAAUUUACCAUCAAGGAAGCAGCAAGGUUUAAAAAAGUUGUCUUAAUUCAGCAACUCGAGAAGGCGCUUAAAGAAAUAGAUUCCCACUGCCAUCUCAGAAAAGUUAAGCACAUGAGAAAAAAAUAAUUGUGUUAGUGCAAAGACCAAGGAGAAACAAGGACAUAUGCUGUAGGAUGGAACAGGUUAUUGCUGAAGCUCCCUAUAAUCCUGAAGUGAAGAGAAUUCCCUUC